AUGGGAGUUUGUAGUCCUGCCAUGAGACAGAACAUGAGGGAAAGGAUUCCAGACCAAGGAGGUUCAUAUCUGGACGAUGAAAAACAUAGAGAAAGACGUGACCCUCUUAAAGAUUCUACACAAAUAUCAGAAUCCCCUUAUACUCCAAUAACGAGAAGAUUGCAUUUCGACUCAUUUGCAUCUGACGAACCUGGAAAUAGAUCUCAACUUAAAACUCCUUUCUCUAAUUUAACGCAUUUUGAAAAUCAAUUCGUAAGAAUUAAAGAUCUGAUACAGACUCAAAGAAAAAAAAUGAAAGAAGAGAUUGACGAAAUCAGAAGUCUUAUAUCCAGUCAUUUUUCUAGCGUUGGAAGAGGGACAUCAAGAAAGGAUUCUUCAAAUAGAAAAGAUGCAGAGACUUAUAUUUCAUCAGAUACAGAGAGAACUGGACAAAUAAUCACUCCUAAACAAAUAACUAAAAGAAUGAAUUUGCCUUCUGGAGUUUCUGCGAGAAGUAGUUCAAUGAAAUACGAAAAAUUCACUCCACCAGCUAACACUUCUGUAGAUAAAACUAUAACAACAGGUUCUGUAUCUUCAGCAACAAUACGUACUGGAUCAACAAUUCCAGAUAGACUUCCAUCACUCGAAACAAACAAGAAAAACGAUUCUGUCGUAAAUUCAAUGGAAAUUCCUACGAGUCCUAAAAUUCAAUUACAUAAUACUUCAGGUGAAAAAUCUGCAAGAAUGGAUUCAAAACUAUCUUCAAUCUCUAUAAGGACAUCUCCAAAAUCACCAGUGAAACACGAAACGAAAAAUUCUGCUGAUAUUGAUUUCAAUGAUAAAGUAAAAAUGUCAUCCACACUUCAGUGGGACGAAGCAAUAGAUAAAUUAGUUACUAAUUAUUCCAGAGGAAAUUUACUUCAUAUUGAAAUCGACUUGAGUCAAUAUACCACUGAAGAAAUAACUGUGGACAUAGUAAACGAACAUUUAAUGGUAAAUGCAAAAGUAAGUAAAGAACUUGAUGAAAGAACUAUUAUAAAGCAAUUUCGGUAUAGUUUACGUCUUCCAAAAGGAACAGAAUCCAAACAUAUAUCACGUUAUGUAACCUUAGGAGCAUUAUGUAAAGGACAUUCUAGCAGAUACUUACAUCUUUAUAUGAAUGAUACAAAGAAGAUUAUUAACCAAUUAAACUCCAUCAUGAGUUUAUAAUAAUAAAGCAUAAUGUAGUUUGGGAUGAAAAAUCAACAGGCUUGUCACCAGAGAACUUUUAC